UGAGAUAGAAAGAAGAAGAGUAGUGUGUUUGAGAGCGAAUCAAGGUUCCUCCUCCAAAGAAGAUGACUUUAAUUCUUAUUUAAUUCCCUCUUCUCCUUCUUUCUUCACCAAAUUCCACACACACUUCAAUUAAAUAAGUUUAACCCUAAAUUCUUGAAACCUGCAACUCAUUCAAGAAACCUAAAUAUUCCAUCUAGAAGAAGAAAGAGAGCUCCUUUACUACUCUGCUUCUUGAAGCUCAAUCCCAAUUUCAGGCUAUGGCGGUGUUCAAAACCCUAGCUUUUCUAUUCGUUUUAUGCUUCGAGAUUCACCAUCCAAUGGCUGCUGAAGAUGCUAAUUCCUCGUUUUUGUUUGAUGGGUUUGUGAAAUCUCCGAGCUUUGACGAGAAUGUUGCUCUGUUUGGAGAUUCUAAGCUUCUUAAUGGCGGUCCAUCGAUUCAAUUGACUGACUCAGCGAGUCGGAGUGAAGGGCGAGUCGUUUACAGGACACCCAUCAGACUGUUCCAAGGUAAAGAGAGAAACUUUUCCGGAUCGUUCUCGACUAGCUUCUCGUUUUCGAUGUCUAGUGAGAUUGGUAGUGUCCUGGCUUUUGUAAUGGUUCCAAGUGGUUUGGAUCUUAGUUCGUUUGGUAGAAAGGGCAAUAAUAGUUCCUCUGGUCUAAGCUUCUUGUUGCAACACAAGGUUGUUGCUGUUGCGUUUGGUAUCUCCAGGAAAGGGAAUCGUGUAGGGAUCUUAGUUGGUAAACCUGAAUCUGGUAAAAUUAGAAAGUUAUCAUCUUUUGGUGACCAUUUCAAUGGAGAGAAGAAAUUUAAUUGUUGGAUUGAUUAUGAGGCGAGUUCAAAGAGAAUAGAGGUUCGUUUGAGUCUAUCUACUGCCUUGAAGCCGGUUGAUCCAUUCGUCUCUUACUUAGUAGACUUGGCUAAGCUAUGGAAAGAUGGGAAGUUCAUGGUUGGUUUAACCUCUGCAAAUGGGAACUCUUCCAAGCCACUUUAUCUCCAUUCAUGGACUUUUAAACUGAGACAUCCUUCGAUGAGGAUUCACUCACAGCCGCUUGAUCCAAAUGAAGUGUCCAAGACUGUUAAGGAGGGUGAGACAACGGUGGAAGAAGUUAAGGGGAAACGCAGAUGUAUAUGGAGAAUGCUUGGUGCAUUGGUUUUGGGUGCGGUUUGCGGAACUUUAGGAGCUAUGUUAGCGUUAUACCUUUGGACGAUAUGCGGUAAUAGGCAGUCGAUGGCAAUAGUUCCUGAGGAAUGUGCUAAUGAAAAAUCGGAUAACAGUGUGAUCAAAACAGAUGUUGUUCAAGAAGAAGGGAAGAAGUAGUAGAGAGAUAAAGAGUUUGGUGGUCUUUUUUUAGAAUGUUGUUUUUGUCGUUGUUGUUUGUAAUGUAAAUUCUUGUGUCCUUCUUCUUCUUCUUCUGUUUGUUUUUUUGUUAGUUGCAGAUUUGGUGAGAUAAGUUUUCACAUGUAGAAUCUUACAAUAUGUAUUAAUUAAAAUCUUGAUUAAUGCUAUUGUCUUCUUCUUCUUC